AUGCUUUAUAAUCUUCCCUUGGAUGUACUUCUUGAACAAACUUUACCGUGUCUUGAUGUAUCAAAUCUCGCUAUCUUAUCAAGUACAUGCCAUCUAUUCUACAUUUUAUGCAAUGACGACCGAGUAUGGAAGGGACGAGUCAUUUCGGAUUUUGGUUUAUUGUUACCUUUGAACACAAAGCGGUAUACGUGGAAGCAAUUAUACAUCGAAUUGGAUCAAGGACAACGGAUAUAUACAUGGGGAGAAAAUAGUGAUAAACGACUUGGCUUUGGUGACCAAGAGAAUGCAGGACGCGAUGCGUUUUUGAGACAAAUCACCAUUCCUCGAGAGUUACGUGGUCUCCGAAGCAAAGGGAUCGUUGAUAUUGUUGCUGGAGGUUGGUCGUUUCAUGCAUUGGAUCGACGAGGGCAAGUGUGGAUGUGGGGCUGGAUGCAACCCCGACAUCCGCUCAUCAUCCCUCCUCAACAAGAUUUGGUACGACAGCCCAUGUGCGUUAGAUUUCCAACCCAAGUACGCAUCAAAGUCAUUGCUAGUGGCAAGUUGCAUGCUGUAGCACUUGAUCAUCAAGGCCGUUUAUGGCAUUGGGCUAAUAGUUGGAAACCACAAGAGGUGCAUAUCAUCAAAGCUACCGGUGCAAUUACCCAUAUCACAGCCCAUUGGAAUUAUUCCACAGCUCUUACAGCUACAGGACAAGUAUUCCUCAUUCCAUUUCCUGUAUCACCAAAAUCCAUGAUUGUGACGAGUGAGCCUAUCCACAAGAAUGAUCAAUUCAUCAAGGUCGCUGGCUUAGAUGAUGCAUCGAUUGCAUUAACAAGAACAGGCCAAGUAUUCAAGCUGCACUUUGCGUCAUUACAUUCACAAAACAAUGAUUCAGCUCGUUGCGAUGUUACUGAGCUGAAACGAUUUUCUCAUUUCUUGCAACAUCCCGGAGAUGGAACAUCGUUUGAUUACCGACGAGCAAUACUGUCAGCUCAGGCACAGCAAUUUGCCAUAUGCAGUCAAGGGAAAGCAUUGUUGGGUCAUGAGAAUAGUGAGGCUGAUGAUGAACCACAAAUAUUGGACACAGCUGGCCACGAUAUUCAAAAAGUGACAUUUGGAAACUUUCAUUAUGGUGCGUUAACCACUGAAGGAAGGCUUCUCACAUGGGGAUUAUAUAGCUCAGGGGCAUUGGGACGCGGAUACGAAGAUGAUGAACAAAGGGAAACUUCCCCAGAGAUUGUGGAAAAGUUACAAGACAUGUUUGUAUUCGCGAUUGGUUUUGGAGGAUUCCAUUCCGGUUGUGCAGCUAUUCCUCGCCGUCUCCUUAAUCCAUAA